AUGGGAAAGACUACAACGACAAGGACUGAAACAAGAAGCAAGCCAAAGGCAGAAGUGAAAGAAAAAAAGCCUCUAAGCGCGUAUAAUAGGUUUAUGAAAACCGAACUUCCUAAAAUCAAAGCCGAGAAGCCUGACCUCGAUCACAAAGAAGCUUUUAAACUUGUCGCUCAGGCCUGGAAAAGCUCAACCGAAAAUCCCAAGAACCAAAAGCAGGAAUGA